AUGCCUCAUCCCGUCUCUCCCCCGUCGCUUCCGACGGCCAUCUCCAAGGCUGCCCCUCCCCCACCAUCCCAGCAGGACAUCACGGCCUUCCUCGACACAAUUUUCACCGCACAGUCUUCCAACGCCUGCAUCGAUGCCUGCUAUGCGCUCUGCGAGGUGCUCCUCAACUCUGUCGGCGUUGUUGGCCUGAACCACUAUGGCAUCAUUGCCGAGAUAAAAAAGGCCGCCAACGAUAAGAAGAGCGGCAUCCGCCGCGAGUCCAGCCAGAACCUUCUCGGUGCCAUCUUCGAGCGAUUCCCUUCCCGACAGCCUAUAAGCGAGGUCAUUCUCCUCAACCCCGCCGAUGGCAUGGUCGCAUGCGCCCUCGAUGCUCUUGCCGACAAGGGUGCCGUCGUCCGUGAGGCUGCCCAGUAUGGCCUCGACGCCCUCUUCAAUGGCCUCGGCGCCGAGAGCCUCAUCUCUGGCCUGCUCCCCGUCCUAUGCGUCUACCUAUCCAAGAGGACUGGUAAGUGGCAGGGCACUGUCGGCGCUUACAAACUCCUCCAAAAGAUGGCCGACAAGUCCAAGUUCUCGGUCGGGACUACCAAGGAGGAAGCCGCCGAGAAGGAUGUUCUCCGCGAAGCCAUGGGCGCCAAACUCGCUUCCCUCAUCCCCAUCGUUGAAGAGGGUAUGCACGACCUCAAGGCCGAGGUUGAGAAGCAGGCUGUACAUACCAUGAACUCUCUCACCGCGCUCCUCUCCAACGACGAUGUUGCCCCUCGCAUUCCGCUUCUCGUUGAUACCAUGCAGCACCCAUCCACUCAGACGCUGCAGAAGGCCAUCCAUGCCCUCUCUCAGACCACCUUCGUCGCCAUUGUCACAUCACCCGUUCUUGCGCUCCUGACGCCCUUCCUUGAGCGCUCUCUGAACAAUCCCAACACUGCACAGGAAAUUCUGCGCCAGACUGUCGUCAUUGCAGAGAACUUGACUAAGCUCGUCCAUGACCCCAUUGAGGCCCGUACUUUCCUUCCCAAGCUCACCCCCGGUGUAAAGGGCGUCUGCGACCGCGCUUCGCUCCCCGAGGUUCGCGAGCUUGCUGAGCGCGCGCUUGACACCAUGAAGAAGGCCAUGGGCGAUGACAGCGAGAUUAUUGCUCGUACCACCGCCGAUGAUGUCGCCAAGGUCCUCGACGCCGAGAUCCAGAAGCACAAUGGUCCUACCGGCCAACUCGACCUUUACAAGCAGGCUCAGCCGUAUAUUUGCGACAUGGUUGCUACUGACGUCAACUACCGCUUCGUGAAUCGCAUCGCUGCUCGCAUCACUCCCUACCUCCCCAACCUGGUUCAGGACGCCGAGGCUCCUGCUGUCAUCGCCGAGGCUGUCCAGAAGUUCUACAUCGACGAGGACCACCGCAAAUUCGGCGAGCCCGAAAAGGAGGACGAUGGCGAGGUCGAGAUUGUCAAUGCCGAUUUCUCUCUUGCCUAUGGUGGUAUGCUGCUGCUGUCUCACACCAACCUGAGACUUCUCAAGGGCCACCGUUAUGGUCUUUGCGGUCGUAACGGUGCUGGUAAAUCUACACUGAUGAGAAGUAUCGCCAAUGGCAAACUUGAGGGCUUCCCUCCUCAGGACGUCCUCCGCACCUGCUACGUCGAGCAUAAUCAGGGUGAAGAUGCCGAUAUCAGCAUCCUAGAGUUUGUUGCCAAGGACCCCGAAAUCGGUCCUCAGGGCAUCGAGCGCAUCUCUGAAGUCUUGGAGGAAUUCGGCUUCACAGCUGGUCCUGAGGGUCGCCAGAGCCAAAAAGUUGGCUCGCUGUCUGGCGGUUGGAAGAUGAAGCUCGCCCUGGCCCGUGCCAUGCUGCAAAAGGCCGACGUGCUACUUCUUGAUGAACCUACUAACCACUUGGAUGUCACCAACAUUGCCUGGCUGGAGAACUACCUCAAGUCGCACACCGACAUCACUAGCUUGAUCGUCUCUCACGACUCCGGCUUCCUCGACAACGUCACGACCGAUAUCUAUCACUACGAGCCCAACAAGAAGCUUGCCUGCUACAAGGGCAACCUGGCCAACUUUGUUGAGAUUAAGCCCGAGGCCAAGAGCUACUACACCCUGUCUGCUAGCAAUGUCCAGUUCAAGUUCCCACCUCCCGGAAUUCUGACGGGUGUCAAGUCGCAGACCCGUGCCAUCAUUCGCAUGACCAAUGUCUCAUACGCUUAUCCUGGCACUCCCAAACCUUCCCUGUCAGACGUGUCCUGCCAACUGACGCUCUCUUCCCGCGUUGCCAUCAUCGGCCCCAAUGGUGCUGGCAAGUCGACCCUCAUUAAGCUGCUCACCGGAGAAGCCAUUCCCAACACCGGCAGGGUCGAGAAGCACCCCAACCUGCGUAUUGGCUACAUUAAGCAGCACGCUCUCGAGCACGUGGAGAUGCACUUGGAGAAGACCCCCAACCAGUACCUUCAGUGGCGCUACCAGCAUGGCGACGACCGCGAGGUCCACAUGAAGCAGACUCGUGUGCUCUCCGAUGCCGACCGCGCGCAGCUCGACAAGUGGGUCGAUCUCGGGGGCCAGACUGCCCGGCAGGUUGAGUCCCUCGUCGGUCGUCAAAAGUACAAGAAGACCUUCCAGUACGAGGUCAAGUGGCGUGGUCUGCUGCCUAAAUACAACUCGCAAGUCUCGCGCGAGACCCUUCUCGAGCUCGGCUUCGACAAGCUUGUCCAGGAGUUUGACGACCACGAGGCGUCCCGUGAAGGUCUCGGCUACCGCGAGCUGCAGCCGUCGGUCAUCUCGAAGCACUUUGACGAUCUCGGUCUAGACCCCGAGAUCGCCAACCACAACGAGAUUGGCUCGCUGUCGGGCGGCCAAAAGGUCAAGGUCGUCAUUGCCGGCGCCAUGUGGAACAACCCCCAUCUGCUCGUCCUCGACGAGCCGACCAACUUCUUGGACCGUGACUCGCUCGGCGGCCUCGCCGUCGCCAUCCGUGAGUUCAAGGGCGGCGUCAUCCUCAUCUCCCACAACGAAGAGUUUGUCGGCGCCCUGUGCUCCGAGCAGUGGCACGUCCGCGACGGGCAGGUCGCCCUGCGCGGCACUGCCGCCAUCAGCCUCGACCGCUUCGAGGACAGCAGCAACCCGGCCAGCGGCGCCGCCAGCGCCGUCGCCUCCACCGCUGCUUCCACCGCCGCCAACUCUGUCGUCUCCUCGGCCGUCAACUCGGGCGCCGAGGACAACUCGGACAUGAAGUUCAAGGCCAAGAAGAAGCGCAAGAUGACCAAGAAGGAGGUCAAGGAGCGCGAGGUCCGCCGUCGGCUGCGCCACAUUGAGUGGCUCAACAGCCCCAAGGGUACGCCUCAUCCUGUCGAUACCGACGACGAGGCCUAG